GCAAGUCUCUCUUGAGUCGGGCAAACGGACGUUUACUUCGGUGUUGUCGCAAUUGAGUUUAAACGAGUUUAUUUGAUAAUUGACAAACGAUUGGUGGUCCCGCAACGUCUGAUCGAAUUUGAUCGCAAACCGCCAAAAAUUCAUCUCUGUAUUUCGGAGUGUUAUCAUCCCCUUAUCAAAACCAGUGUCGGACGGUGUCGUCCUCUGACGGAGUGAAAUUCGCUACCAGAGUGAAUUCUGGUACCGGGUGGCACAAAGCAACAAUGGUCAGUGGGUGGAAGAUUGAAAUUCUUAUUGACAGACAUUGUUGUGACGGUUUUUGAGUUUUUGAUUUUGAAAAGCAAUAGUUACGUUUUUUAAGUGUUAGAGGUAGUUCAACCCAAUUCGGAAGAUAUUUAGUAUUUACCGUAAAUUAUAUUAGUUGCAAGAAAUAAAAAGCUCGUGCGUGUGAUCAUCGGUAUUUUGAGCUCUGCGGUUUUGAAAUUUUAUAUUUAUAACUACGCUAAACGGCAUCGAAGAAAAUUACUAUUAUACGAUACUCGCUGCAGUUUUAAAUCUCUAAAAUAAAAUCAAUCGAUCCGUAGUUCAUCGGAGAACCAACAGUUACAUUCUAUUUAUACACAAAUUCGACUAUAGAACAGACAAAAUCAGCGAUAAAAGUUUAACCUUGGAUAAAAUUAAUUCGGCGACUCGCGGAGUGUGACUGGAUACCUACAUCAGAUUCGACCCACCUUCCUCAAUCAUGGACGAAGAGGCGAUGUGGAAAGGAUUUUACCAAAAAAUCGUCGCGGAUAAGGAAGCGCGCGACGCCGACGAUGAGAAUAUAAAGUCUGAACAUGAAAUAAGAAUCCAAGAGGCCGAUGGCGGAUUCUUCGAAAACCUUGGCACGCUUUUGGCGGCCAAAGCACGAGCCCAAGAAAUGGCGGAAGGUCCUCUGCCAACACCUGCCACGGAGGGCGCAGAAAAGGACGAAGGAAAUUCCAGCGACGCUGAAGGAAGCAUAGAAGAACCGACGGAAGCUCUUUUGGAAUCCGAUAGCGACCGCGACGAGAACGAACGCUCCCACAAUCUUAUCGUGCAAUCCGUCGGUUGGAAUAUAGAGGAGUUGUACGCGUCGCUGGUGUAUCUGACUCAGCAUCAAAUUGGUUUCGAUGUUUCGAACGAGGUCAGUCAGGAGUCUCUCCUCAAUCACCUGCAGAGCGCUUUUAAGGUCGACAAUGAAACCCACCAACAGGUCCUCGAUGAAGCUCAACGUAUGGAGGCGCCAGAAAUGCACCUCAACGUCGAAGUGAUAGAGGCCAAAGAAUUGGUUUCCAAAGACUCGAACGGAAAAAGCGACCCAUUCUGUGCUCUGUAUCUCGAAUCGGCGCCUACCAGGCGGUACAAUACCGCCGUGAAACAAGCGACUCUGAGUCCAGUUUGGGAGGAGCAUUUCGAACUGCCCUUGGAAGAUGCGGAGAACGAUGUCCUCAACCUUGAAGUCUGGGACUUUGACGCGGCAGAGACGGUGCCCGAAAAGAUGAGCAAAGUGAAGGAUGUCAAGGGUGUUCGUGGCCUCGUUAAACUUGCCAAAGAAAUAGCUUUGACCGCAACGACGGGCAAUCACGACAACGAAUUCAUCGGGAAAUGUCAAAUAGCCCUGAAGGAUAUUCCAGUCGUGGGCCACACUUCGUGGUAUUCGUUGGAAAAAAAGAACAAAUCGAAACGUCGUGGCGUGGUUCGUUUGAAGUUGGCGUUCAGUGCGGAACACAACGAGCAAGUAGCCGCUCAGGAACACCGACACCUUUUACGAAUUUUACUUUUGCACGAGAUCGAGACCGAAAAAAUCGAAAAAUAUUGUUGGUGUGGCCGUUGGUCAGCUCCGGCGGAAUCUAUAAUUUUACAACACAGCGCCCAGCGCGGACUUCUCGCUCGUAACGUCGCCCUCGCCCAGUGGGUGGAGUACAUCAGAGUGCACCAAGAACACCCUCUAAGUUUUACUUUGCUCAACAAACUGGCGGUCGAAUUACUGAGGCCGAUAGAUAACAGCCUAUUUUCGGACGACGAAGCCAGACUUUUUUGGGACGCCACAAAAAAACUUCUCCACUCAUGUCUCAACAGUAUAAGAAAAAUCCGAAGGCUCACCGUCGGAGACAGGCACACGAUCUCACAAUUGGCAGCGAUUCUAGGAAUUUUGUCUUCGAUAGACUCUCUGAAAAAGCCAGAGGAUCUUGACCUAUUCCCGGCUAAUAUGUACGGUUGGCUUCCAGAGCCGGAGGGACCGAGAGCGGACGUAAUGCAAGCUCUGGAGGACACGGUCAUCCAAGGCGCCGAAGAAUGGUACGACCACGUUUUGAAAAACAAUUCACCUACCGCAGACGCCGACGAAGACGUGGUCAAGUAUUACAUAAAAGUUAUACAACUGAUCAGGGCCGAUCUACAAAGAGCCAUCGAGUAUUAUGACAAGGUCUUCAUCAAGCAAACCAAUUUUCCCUACGCGAGAACGUUGUAUAUCCACUACGAGAAACGUAUAAGCGAUAUGUGCAUGAUAAUCGUCGAAGAUGUCUGCGCGAGGUUGAAGAGGAUAGAAGUUGAAAACAGCGACGGAACCAGCGAGGAAUUAGGACUGGGUACGACACUUUUCGAGCUGUAUUUGACGCUUCAGAGAUACGCGAUACUCGGUCACGUGCUAUGCGCGGAUGGUCUGGAAUACAUGAAAAUCCAGAGUUACCACGAAUGGUUCCGAGCCGGGGUGGCUCACUGGCUCGACAUUGCAGUUUUCAAAGCCCUGCGAAGGAUAGAACGUGCGGUGGAUUUCGACAAACUGCAACCGGUCGAUUCCAGCGUACAGUACAGCUCGAGCGCCGUGGAUACUCUCACCAUUUUUUAUCAAAUCAAAGUUUUCUGGACCCAAUUGGCCUGGCCAGACGUCGAAGGCUCCUAUACGUUCAUCGCAAAAAUUAUCGACGAUAUAUGCAGGUGUUCGGUUGAAUACGCCGAUAAAAUGGCACGUAAGGCGGAAAUGGUGACGGACUUGAUGUACGAUAUGGAGAACAAUGGCAGUGUCUACGAGAAGAAAUUCGAAGUCUCUAACGCUUGGUGUUUCGCGAUUAACAACAUCGAUUACAUCCGGACGUCGAUAGGUCCUCUGGCCGAGGAUCUGGGGUUGAAAAGUAUCGUUGAUGCUUUGGCCGCCAACAAAACUCAACAGGAGGCUGAAAGAUGUCGGCAAACGCUGCAGCUCGUUAUCGAUAACGCGACUGAAACCGUGAGCAAUAAAAUCGUCGAGUUGCUCGAAGUUGUUGCCACGAAAAUGAUGCCCGCCAUGAGCAGAUACCUUGCCGAAGGCGCGGAAUUGAUAGACACGACCAGUAACGCGAUGGACAGGCUCCUGCAGUACCUCGACUCCAAUAUCACCACAUUGCAUGACAAUCUGAACGAAACCAACUUCGAAAGGGUACUUUUAGUCAUCUGGGAAAUCAUGUCGAAGAUACUCUAUGAUUUGGUCAAUAGCAAUUUGGAGAAGAGAAGACCGCCGUCAUUUUACGCAAACCUUCAUCGUACCCUGCACACCCUGAUUCGUUUUUUCAAUCUGGGGGCAGACGAGACGUCGAAUAUCAACAUCCUCGAAAAAAUCGAAGAACUUCUAAAACUCCACGGUCUUGAAACCGCCGCUCUGAUUCAUCGGUACCAUCAGGAAAGGUUGCAGGAGCAAAAAGCGUUGGAGGAACCCAGACACGGACAGUUGACCGUCAAAGCUCAUUUCAUCGAUAACUCGUUGAACAUACAAAUUAUGAACGCCAGAAAUCUUAGGCCGAUGGACAGCAACGGCAAGAUGUCUACUCUUGAGCGAAAACUCCGUUAUAAAUCAAAAUCUAAAGUGAAACUGAAAGACGAGAGGUCAAGUAAAUGUGAUCCGUACGUGAAAAUUCGGCUGUUACCCGAAGAGAAAUUUGUUCAAAUUAAACAGCCAAAGACUCGUACGCACAAGGAAAAUCUCUUCCCGCUAUUCGACGAAAAUUUCACCAUUGCGCUUCCAACGGAACUUAGAGACACGGAAGGCGCGAUCAUAGCGUUUGAAGUAAAAGACAAAGAUUUUUUGCGGACAAGGUUCAUGGCUGAGGCGUUCCUAGCCUUCAGCGAAAUCCCGGAAACGGGUCCCGACCGAGAUUUUGACUCGCUGGAACAGAUUCAUCUGAAAUUAUCACGACCAGUUGGAAAAAAUUCGGACGCUGUGCGCGCUCUAGAACACAGGAAAGGGGACAAUCAGGCCGUCGAUUUCAUCUCAAAACUAAAUAGUAAGAUGAAUACCAGAUAAGCAGCUGAAAAUGAACGUGAUUCAUUUUAACGCGUUCCUAUUUCGUCAAAAUCUCAGCAUUUAUUUAAAUGCGAAUCACCAUUGCCUUAUAACGAACAAUGAUCCAAUCUCAUGGUAUGUGCAUAGCGACAUGUACACGCUUCGGAUACCUCUACGUAUACGUUAUAAGAAUUUCAAGUCUGACUACUAAAAGUGCUACUUAAAAUAAAGCGACGAAAAUUGUUUUAUCUAAACGAUUUCACGCGUAAUUGAUAAUUAUUUUAAAUCAAUAACCAUAAUACGAUCUUUAAUGGUACGAUUUUUUUUUUUUUGUUUUUAUUAUCAAACUGUAAAUACUUAUAUUUAUAUGUUAUCAAGUAAGCGAAUUAAAUUACAUAAAGAAUUUUAAA